AUGUCGCUAGUACUCAAGAGGUUCAACUCUACCGCUCUUAAGAAAACUGCUCUGCAUGACCUCCAUGUGAGCCUCGGAGGCACCAUGGUGGAGUUCGCUGGCUACUCGAUGCCUGUGCUGUACAAGGGCCAGACGCACAUUGAGUCGCACCUGUGGACCAGGCAGAACGCCGGGCUGUUCGAUGUCUCGCACAUGCUGCAGAGCAGGCUGACGGGUGCCGAGGCCACCAAGCUGCUGCACAGCGUGACACCCACUGACUUCGCCAACUUGCCCCAGGGUACGGGGUCUCUGUCCGUGCUUCUAAAUGAGCACGGUGGUGUUGUGGACGACACCAUCAUCACGAAGGAGCAGGACAACCAGUACUACAUAGUCACCAACGCGGGCUGUGUGGACAGGGACACCGAGUUUCUCAAGGGCGAGGUCUCAAAGCUCGAUUGCUCCUGGGACAUCAUCCAAGGCAGGUCUCUGCUGGCGUUGCAAGGCCCCAAGGCGCAGCAAGUGCUGGAGAGGCUGGUGACUAGGGACUCCAAGUUGAACGAGCUCUACUUCGGCGAGAGGAAGGAGUUCACGCUGGAUGACGCCACGGCCACCAGGAUCGGCGUUGCCAGAGGUGGCUACACCGGUGAGGACGGGUUCGAAAUCAGUGUGGAGAACGGCAAGGCCAACGAGUUCGCGCAGAAGCUGCUGGACAACGAGCUCACGAAGCCAAUCGGUCUUGCCGCCAGAGACUCCUUGAGACUGGAGGCCGGUAUGUGUCUGUAUGGCCACGAGCUGACCGAGUCCAUCACCCCAGUUGAAGCGGGCCUCGCCUGGGUUAUCUCCAAGAGCAGACGUGACGCUGGCUCCGAGGACCAGUUCAACGGUUACUCCAAGAUCAUCGACCAGUUGAAGAACAAGACCCACGAGAUCAUCAGAAUCGCAUACAAGUAUAAGGGCAAGGGGCCCGCCGCCAGACCUGGCGCCAAGAUAUUCCUCGAGGACGGCGAAACACAGAUCGGUGAAGUCACUUCGGGUAGUGCAGCUCCAUCCUUGAACAACAUCAACAUCGGGCAAGGCUACGUGAAGAGAGCACAUAACAAGAAGGGCAAGACCGUCCUGAUCCAGGUGAGGAACAAGUUCUACCCGGCAGAGUUGGCUAAAAUGCCACUAGUACAAACGCACUACCACAAGGCAUAG